AAUGCUCUUUUGGUGAAGAUUUCGAUCAUUUUCUGGAAUCUUCGUCGCCCUCCUCCUCAGAGACUGAGAGUGAGUGAGAAGACGGCAAUGGCGGAACUGAAGCGGUGGAGUGUCACCUACACCAAGCACAUGAAGCAGAAGCGCAAGGUUUACCAGGACGGUUUCUUAGAGCUCAACACCUCCAUUAAUAAGGUGUUGCUGUACGACGAUUGUGAUAAGCUCUUGGAGUGCAGGCUCUUGAAGAAAGACGAAGAAGUUAGCUCCGGCGAAACACUCACAUUCAAUGCUUUUCUUGUUGACGUGAACGAAGCUGAUUCAGCCGAAGGAGAUCGCAAACCUGUACCUGGUUUUAAUUCUCAAGCAAAAGAUACGAAAUUCAAUGAGAAACGCGCAAAGCCGUUUGUGAAUACAAGGAAUAAGCCGCAGCCAAAUUUGAGCCCGUCGCAAAAGAUAAUUAGAGAGUUUAAGAAUAGGGAACUGCACAAGUAUGGCGCAGCACAAAGUAGUCCAGAAACGAUGAAAACUAGCAAAACAGAAUGGCAGGUUCUAUACACCACACAACUAACUCAAAGGGCCAAGAAGUUUCAUGAUGGUUUCUUACAACUUGCAGUUUCUGGGUCUUAUGGAAAGCAGGUUGACUUAUCCUACUACCCAUCUGUUCUUAUUUGCAAUCUCAAGUUUUCCUAUAAAUCCAUAAUACUGUUGGAUGAAAGCAGGAAUCUCUUAGAUAGCAGGUUCCUUAAGAAAGAUGAAGUCCUAGCAUCCGGUGAAUCAAUAGGAUUUAGUGCUCAUUUAGUUGAAAUUGGAGAAUGUGAAGGAGAUAAUAAACCCAGGAAAAAUUUGCAUUUCAAAGAAAAUAAACGUAAUGUUGUUAGAGAGGCAGGAGUAAAGCAUGAACAAAGUAAUGGUGUUAUCACUGAUAAAGCUGCUGAGAAAGUGAUCGGGUCCAAGGUUGACAACUUUUUUCCUUUCUCUAACUUAGAAUGGAAGGUCCUGUACACUACACAAUUAACCCAAAAGGCCAAAAAGUACCAUGAUGGUUUCUUAAAACUAGCAAUGUGUGGCUCCCAAAGGAGGCAGGCCCUGCUGUUUGAUGCGACUGAGAAACUCAUAGAUAGCAAGUUCCUCAAAAAAGAUGAAGAUAUAAGAUCUGGUGAAUCAUUUACAUUUGAUGCUCAUUUGGUUGACAUUGGAGAACCUGAAGAAAACCAUGAAGCUUUGGCAGAUUUGAAAUUUCGAGGAAAAGACGAUUGCUAUGUCCAGGAAACAAGGAAAUUAGGUGGUGGAGAUGAUUGUGGUAUAGUCAAUAAUUUUGAAGUAAAAGAGUGGCAUGCUCUAUACACCACUCAGAUUACUCAAAAGGCCAAGAAGUACCAUGGUGGCAUUCUCAGACUUGACUUUUCUGGUUCUUACCGUAAGAAGGUUAGUUUACUUAGUGAAGACAAAACCAUGCUGAGCAGUAAGUAUAUCAGUUUGUCAGAAGAUAUAAGAACAGGAUGCAUGUUUGAGCUGCCAAAAUAUUUGGUAGAGGUUGGUAGACUAUAUACAAGUUCUGGAGGUGAAGGAAAACCUCACAACAAAGAUUAUUUGAGGAAAGCUUCAGAGUCAAAUCUUAGCAUCUCUAGUGUAGAGGAAACGAGAUCAAGCAGGGCAGUCCAUACAAACAAGCCUUUACGUGAUGCCAAUCAGAUUUUGUCCAUUCUCCAAAGACCUAUGGCUCAGGAGAGGAUAGUUUCAGGCCAUGCUGAUAACAGCACAGCAAGACCAAUUGCCUCCACUAAGGAGUCUCAAGUUUCAGAUGCUAUAAUAGUGAAUUUCUCUGAAGAUGCUCGACCAUCACAACCACAUAGAUCAGUUGAAAGUAUAGAGCAAAGUGAAAAUAUGGACACUGGAAACCCCCCUGCCCCUAUGUCUUUCAAAGCAAUAUCCAGCGGUAGUGGCAGUCGAGUAGCUGAUGGAAUCAACAUGAGAAACUCCGACCAGUUUUGUCCAGGACAUGUGAAAGCUGACACCAGACAGCAUGACACAGCAUAUACUUCCGACAAAUCGAGUUUGAGUUCUUGUGUUUCUCAUGAUGCUGCAGAUGAGAAAAGUAGUUCUGAGGAGCCUACUUGUGAGCAAAUCAAAGAAUGCCCUAGUUUUGAUCUUGGAUUUUAAACAACUCUACCUGGCACUUUGCUUUG